AUGAUCGCCGAGUCGUGCUCCGCGUGCAGCUCAGCCUCGGCCUCGACAUCAUCGGAGCACCACCAGACGGUGUGGACGUCGCCGCCGAAGCGGCCGGCGGGGCGGACCAAGUUCCGGGAGACGCGGCACCCCGUGUUCCGCGGCGUCCGGCGCCGUGGCAACGCCGGGCGCUGGGUGUGCGAGGUGCGCGUGCCCGGCCGGCGUGGCUGCAGGCUCUGGCUUGGCACCUUCGACACCGCGGAGGGGGCCGCGCGCGCGCACGACGCCGCCAUGCUGGCCAUCGCCGGCGCGGGCGCGUGCCUCAACUUCGCCGACUCGGCGUGGCUGCUAGCCGUGCCGGCCUCCUACGCCAGCCUCGCCGAGGUGCGCCACGCGGCCGCCGAGGCCGUGGAGGACUUCCUGCGCCGCGAGGCCGCCCCAGAGGACGACGCGCUCUCGGCGUCGACCUCGACGCCAUCGUCCCCUGCCAGCGACGACGGCAGCGCCACGGACGGCGAGGAGUCCUCAGACUCCUCUCCGGCCGCCGGGGUCUCGGCGUUCGAACCGGACGUGUUCAACGACAUGAGCUGGGACUUGUACUGCGCGAGCUUGGUGCAGGGAAUGCUCAUGGAGCCGCCGCCCGCGGUCAUGGAGUUCGGCGACGCCAACAUCGUCGAUGUGCAACUCUGGAGCUACUAG